AUGUUUGGUUGGUUCAAAAAGAAGAAGCCAGAAUCGAAUUCAGCUUAGCAAGAAGAAAAAGAUGAAAGCGAUUUUGUUGAUGAUGAAACAUAAGUUGUUACAAAUGAAGAUAAAGAAUUGGAGGCCAAAGGCUUUGAUCCAAUAGCUCAAGUGCAAGAAUAAGACAAAGAAAACGAAGGAAUUGCAGAUCCUGAUAAAUUAGAAUAUGUUGGAUACCAUGACAUUCCAAGUGAUGAAAUCCUAUAAUUGGUGCUCAAUUUUAAAUAUUUUCCAAAUGAUGAAGACAUUCGUCAUCCAGAGGGAUAUGAAAAGGGAGGAAGAAUUUGUGCAGAUAAGAAUGUAGUAACAAAAGCAAGAAGUGUUGGAAAGGAAAUGGUCAAAUAAAUAGGAAAGAAAAUAUUGUCAGGAUCUUUAAAUCUUACUAAAGUAAGUUUCCCUAUCAGAGUCAUGAUCCCUAAGACUGCCUUAGAAACAUCUGUUCAUGGAACCUCGGUUUUCCCAUUGUACAUAACAAAAGCCACAAUGACACCAGAUUUCUUAGAAAGAUUCAAACUUGUUAUUACAGCCACCUUAUCCUCGUUUUUCUGGACGAAUACCUUUCUAAAACCUCUUAAUCCAAUCCUAGGAGAGACCCUUCAGGCCAAUUAUAACGAUGGAACUUAAGUGUAUUGUGAAUAAAUUAUGCAUCAUCCUCCAGUCAGUUACUUCUUGGUCCUUGGUCCAAAUAAAAAAUAUAAAUAUUAUGGAUACUAUCUAGUUGAAGGCAGAGCUGGAUUAAACUCUGUUACUAUUAUCAAUAAAGGCAAAAGAACAAUUGAAUUUAAUGAUGGAUAGAAAAUUGAUUUCGAUUUCCCUAAUGAAUUGUAUAGUGGCACAUUUUUUGGUUAGUUAAGACAGGAGUCCAUAAAUAAAAUAACUUUCACUGACAAAGCCAACGGUCUUUCAUGCAUCAUUGACAUAGGCAAAGUGAAGAAAAGAACAUCUGAUUUCUUUUAAGCUGAUGUUAAUUGUAAGGGUCAAAAGAUUUCAACAGUAUUUGGAACAUACAUUGGUUUCAUUAAUUUUGAUAACGUGAGAUAUUGGGAUUAUAGAUAUGUCGUUCCUCAUAAAAUUAAAAUGGAUAAACAGCCAUUAGAGAGCGAUCACAAAAAUAGAUCAGAUCUUUAGGCUUUGAGGGUUGGUGACAUUCCAUUAGCACAAAAAAAUAAGGAGAUAUUAGAAAAUAUUCAAAGAAAUGAUAGGAAAUAAAGAGAAACAUUUGAAAAGCAAAGGAAAUCAAAGAAGUGA